AUGGCAAGUCCAUUACUAGUUAAAAAGUCUGUCGCAAAAAAGGAAUGGUUCAAGAAACCAGCCGCCGUGGCGACAGUAAUGACCGGCAAAAGGUAAGAAAAUACAAGAAAUGAAGACAAAGAUCCGCCGCAAAUGCAAGAGAGAAGCAGAGAGGCGCAGAGAAACGCCUCGAGCGGAGAGCGACGUCUCUGCGUCACUGGCCUCCACACUGGCGCCUCGUCGUCUGCGCUCUCGCGCCCUCGUGCUUCCCUUCCUUCGGGUCCGCACCAACUAA